AUGAAGGUGACAAGUGUGUUGCUGCUGAUCGCUCUGGCCCUUUGCUGCAUCUCAGCUACUGGUGCAGUGCAGUUUGCAGCCCAGUACUGCAAUAACCAGCUGGCAUCCAGAAACUUCUGCACCAUGGAGUACAUGCCACACUGCGGGUCUAACGGUGUCACAUACGGCAACAAAUGCUUAUUCUGCAAUGCAUACGCGAGAAGCCGUCGGACUCUUGAACUGAGGUCUAUGAGUGCCUGUUGAGUUCUCAACAGCCUUCAUCUGAGAAAGAGGAUCCCUCCCUGGCAAUGUUCCCCAUGGCAGAUGAUUUCCUAAAGUCUUGACCUGACCCUUGAAAGCUUCUGAUAAACCUUGAAACCUCUGCUUAAUAAA